UUCAAGUCGCUUAUAAUUAUAUCUGGUUAUGAUAGUGAUACGGUAUUAACGUUAGAGAUUUAUUUUGUUUGAACUUUAGAAGAAUGGCUCGUUUUGAAUUUGUCUUGCCUCUAAACUUUGAAGACUUGAGAACAUCUCAGAACACUCGUCAUUAUGUUGUAGAUGAAGUGGUUUAUGUACGGGACAUUUCUGGCAGAUUGCAAGAUUGCGAACAAAUGUUACGUACUGAUGGAGCAGAAAGUAUUUUAGAAACUUUUAACACAUUCUAUAGUGUUAUUUAUCAUUUUAAUAAAUUAGAACCAGAGGUUAGACAAGAAUCAUUGGAGAUGAUUAUGACAGCUUCUAUUAAACUGUGUGGACAACAGUCAAUGAUUUUAGAAGAUAUUGAACAGUUGGACUAUGAGACUCGAACAAAACAACUAAACUUGCUGAAAAUGACCUGUUACCUUUUGUGUCAAUUUAUUGAAACAUUUGAAACAGAAAGUUUGAAACCAACUACACAAACAGUAGUGACAGGAAAGAGAAAGCACAUGAAAAAGAAAACUAACCAAGGUUGGGACUGGGAAGUUGAAAAAGAAAAAUGCCUCCAAACUCUCUUCCACCUUUAUGAGCUUCCUCUUCAGAGACUGUGGGAUCCUCCUGUUGUGGAGGAGGAAUUUGUUAAUUUAGUGACUGGCUGCUGCUACAAGCUUCUUGAAAAUCCUCUUAUUACUCGUUGCAAAACCACUAAAGAUGUCAUAUUUCAUCUUCUGGGAGUAUCUUUGAAAAAAUAUGGACAUGGUCUUGCUUGCAGCUUAAAGACCAUUCAGCUUCUUCAACAUUUUGAACACUUAGCUUCACCCUUUGCUCAAGCGAUUGAAGUUUUUGUAAAUAGUUAUGGUGUAAAGAACAUAAUGAAUGAGAUAAUAAGAGAGAUUGGGAGAAUGGACAUGAAUGAUCUAGCUCGUGACAGUGCAGGUACACGAGCUCUGUCACAAUUUCUUGUGGAGGUGGUGGUGAAAGUUCCUUCUGUUGUUUUACCUUCUAUUAGCCUGCUCUUAGCUUACCUGGAUGGUGAGGCUUACACUAUGCGAAACUGUGUACUUAAUAUCCUUGGUGAGAUCAUCUUGAAAGUCUUGAGUCGAGAUGAUCUAGACAGCAAAUCAAAAGACUUAAGAGAUCAGCUUUUAGACAAACUUGAGGAUCACAUUUACGAUGUUAAUGCAUUUGUUCGAAGUAAGGUUCUUCAGGUUUGGCACCAGUUGUGUACUGAAAAAGCUGUCCCACUCCCUCGACAAGAUAACCUCCUUCAUUUGAUCACAGGACGAUUACAUGACAAGGCCAGUAGUGUCAGAAAGUAUGCUAUUCAAUUUUUGACAGCUUUUCUUCAAGGGAAUCCUUUUGCUGCCAAGCUUACAUUGGAGGAACUACAAGCUAAUUAUGAGAAGGAAGCAGAGAAAUUAAAGAUGAUGAUGCCAGAUGAACCUGUGGAAGAAACAGAUAUAGGAGGUGAUUUAGAUAGUAAAUGGGAAGGUAUGUCCCAAGACUUACUGGCAGUAAUUCAAGAGACAAAUGAAACGAAUAAUGAAGAAGAUACCGAUGAGGAUGGAGAAACUGAUGACAGUGUUUUAAUAUCUCAGGUAUUUACAAAGAUACGUCAGCUGCUAGAUGAUGGCCAUUAUCGAAAAGCUGUCUGUACUACUAGGCAGGCAAUGAAGUUAUUUCCUGACCAUCAGCUGUUCCUUUCUGUCCAGUCUCAAGAAUCGGAAGAACCAUUAAAAUCUACACUCUCAGAUUCAAAAGAGGAAGAUACCAAAGAUAAAGAUGUCCCAGAUAUUUUUAAAAUUCUUCAGUCUCUGUAUCUUGGUUCAGGUAACCAAAGUGACAACCAGUUGCCUCAUUUGGAAAUGGAAGAUAAAGUAGUUUCUGAAGUUGCUAUGGAAACUGAACAUUCAUUGGGUGACAGUGGAAACACAGAACAUAAUGUUGUGAAUGAGGUCACCAAGCAACAAAUAUUAGUGCAGUAUCUGAAGGACUCUGUACAAUUUGCUCAGAAGAUUCAAGUAGCACUGCCUGUAGUAUGUCAGUUACUUGGCUCGAGGACAGUCUCUGAUGUACUAGAAGCCAUUGAUUUUUUUGUCACAGCCUUUGAGUUUGGAGUACGGGAUGCAAUGUCUGGAAUCCAGCGUAUGCUGCUGCUAGUAUGGUCGAAAGAAACUGCUGUUAAAGAUGCCGUUGUUAGUGCAUACAGAAGGCUUUACUUGUGUCCCGAAGGUGGAAAUACCAGGGCUAAGGCAGUGGCUGUUGUUCAAAACCUUACGGCCUUAGUUCAAACAUGUAACUUAGGUGAAAGGACUUCCCUUGAACAUUUGCUGGAAGAGUUCAUGAAGUCUGGGGACCUGAGCUCAACGGUUAUCCAGGUUCUUUGGGAACGGUUCUCUAAAAGAGGGCCUAGUGUUACUUCACACGACAGCCAUGCUGCUUUAGUGUUGCUCGGAAUGGCUGCUGGUGCUGAAGUUGAAAUAGUGCGAUCAAACAUUGAUAUCCUAGUAUCUGUGGGUCUAGAUCCUGAGGCAGGGGGUGACUUUCAAAUAGUGCGAGACACAUGUGCCACACUGUUGAAACUGACAGGAAAUACCAAGCCAAGUGUAGAAGCCAAAAAUCCUCCUUUAAAAUUUCCUAAAGACCAUGAAAUUUUUGUCAAGUUGAGUGACAUUCUUGUUCGAGGUUUACUAAAAUUGGAUGAUACGAGUUAUGUUCCAAUGGUUGAGCAGGCAGUAAAUGCCAUCUAUAAACUUGGAGAACAUCCUGACCUAAUCUGUGGAGAUAUACUAAAACAACUUAACCAGGUCCUGCUAAACAAUCCUGAUACAGCUCUGAAAGAAUCUGGAGAUGCUGGUGAGCAGACUUCAAAACUGAGACUUGAGAGUGCUGUACUGGCAAGGUUCCUAUCAUUCGCUGGCCAUGUAGCCCUUCAGCAUCUGGUUUAUCUUGAUGUUAGUGUUUUUACCGAAAUAAAACGUAGACAGUUUGUACAAGAACAGAAGAAUGAAAGUCUGAUAAAGAGGAAGAAAAGACAAUCAGCAUCUAGUGUUUCAGAACAUUCAAAACUUAAGGAUCAAGCAUUGUCAGGAGAGAUUGAGGAAGAACUGGGGUUAACUGGAGCAGUGGCUGAUGAUACAGAAGCUGAAUAUGUUUGCCAAGUUUGUGACAAAGAAAUUGUCACAGGUGAUAAUCUACUUGGACUCGUCAGGCCUUUGAUAGUUGCAGUGUGCAGUGAUCCCGUUAAAUAUAAAAAUCCACGUCUUCGUGCUGCAGCUGCUUUAGUUUUAGCAAAGUAUAUGCUGAUUAGCCACUCAUUUUGUGAGUCUCAGCUUCCACUGCUCUUCACUAUCAUGGAAAAAUCUCCCGAGCCUUUGAUUCGAGCCAACACUAUCAUUGCCCUGGGAGACUUGUCAUUUCGGUUCCCUAACCUUAUUGAGCCAUGGACGCCUCACCUUUAUAGCAGGCUGAGGGACGAUUCAGUACAAGUUCGUAAGAACACCCUUAUUGUUCUGACCCAUUUAAUUCUGAAUGAUAUGGUGAAAGUCAAAGGUCAGAUUAGCGAUGUUGCUUUGUGUAUUGUGGAUAACAAGGAAGAAAUAGCUGGACUAGCAAAACUCUUUUUCCACGAACUCAGCAGAAAGGGUAAUGCAAUCUACAAUAUUUUACCUGACAUUAUUAGUAGACUAUCAGAUCCUGAAUGUGGCACAAACGGGGAAGAUUUCCGUACAAUCUUAAGGUUUCUCUUUUCAUUUAUUGAAAAAGAUAAACAACUGGAGAGUCUGGUGGAAAAAUUGUGUCACAGAUUUCGAGCUACGAGGACUGAUCGACAGAAUCAGGACCUUGCUUUUUGUCUAAGCCUACUACCAUACAGUGAGAGAAGUAUACGUAAACUGCAAGAAAACUUAACCUGUUUUGCUGAUAAACUGAAUGAUAAUGCUGUGUAUGAAAGUUUUGUGUGUAUCAUGACUGCAACGAAAAAAGGAAUUAAUCUCAAACCAGAGGUUAAGUUAAUUCUAGAGGAACUAGAACAGAUGAUUGAGGAAUGCCACUUGAAAGGAGUGAGUGAGGAUCAACUUGUUGAAAAAGCACAGAAAGCCUCUGUCUCAGCCUAUCCAGGAUUAAAAGGAUGCAAAACACCGCAUGGAAAAAGGAAGGGCAAAACUUUGAAAAAAAUCUCAAAGAAAAAAAAAAUAUAACAGCAGUUCCGAAGAAAGUGAACCUGACGAAGAUAUUCCAAUAACACGCACACGUAGAACAGCCAAGAAGGCUGCUGGUGCUAUUAGCAAUGAAGAGAACAGGGGUAGAAUAAACCACCCACAACGGAGGAAUUGUAGAAAACCUCCAGUGUUAGAAUUUAGUUCAGACAGUGCCGAAGAAAACAGUAACUGAUCAGGGAAAGAGCUCACAGACACUACUUGUUCAAGCAACACAAAUCGCCAGCAGUUUGUUUGUUCUUUAAUAAAAAGUUACACUAGCUUCACAUGUUCAGGACUGGAAACUUUCAUCUUUAACAGA